AUGGUAAAGUGCUGUUCCAAUAUUUCUCCGAAGAACAGAGCGCUGCUCAAUGACCUUUCCAGAGAUUUGACUGUGUCUUUGACAACUCCGGCUUUGGAAUUCGUCGAUAUUUUGAUCGAAUCUCUAAUGUACCCUAGAGGAAAUGGAAAUUCAUUGAUGAACCUCAUAUGCGGUACCGGUGCUGGCGUGGGAGAAGAAGACGAGCCUGUUAGCCAAGACCUUGGCUUAGGCUGCUUACUCGAAUCUGUUCACGCAAGGCACUUGCUUGUCAAAUUGAAGUGCCAGAGCGAGAUCUCAGCCUCUGACGAAAGGCAAUUACGACUACUAGGAGAAAUACAUGGAGCACUGGUGCUUCUGCUGAAACAAUUAAGUGAGCAGAUCGAAGUUUCCUCGUGCCCAGACUUUUACAGAGACAUGUUGCAGGAAAAUGUCUCUCAUUUUCGUCAGGCAUUUCAUGGCUUUCACAUUUUGAAUGAAGCUCUUCUUGAAAUACUUGAAUGCGCAGAACAAACGGGGUUGUCAGACUUGAAGCUUUUCAAAAUCGACUACAAGACUACGGAAAGAUUGAAUGCAUUUAAAUUAGACAACGUAAAAUGGUUUGAAGAAUUGAUGUUGAGCUCAAGAGCUCUGCGGGAAUACCUUAUAUUGCAGGACUACCAAGUGGGUUCACUAGACCAAAUGACUUCUAAGACAUUGCCCAAAGUAAUAUUAGCUGCAGUGCGAUCAUCAGAUUUUGGUAUUUACUUGCAAAUUCGUAAAUCGAAACUCAAGAUUUGUCAUCGUAAAGUGUUUUGA